AGGCCAGAGCGACCACCCAAACCAUACCACCAUGGCCUCAACACCCUCCUCAUCCUCCCAGCUCACCCAAAUCAAGACUAGACUCAAGACAUGGGAGCGACAAUUCAAGGCGAUCGAAGGUCGCGCACCCAACAAGGCGGAUAUCAAAGCAAACCCAGAGAUUGCGAAAAUGUAUUCCACUUACAACUCCUCUCGUAAGGGCUCCAAGGGAUCAGACGACCUUCCCAAUUCCUCAUCAUCACAUUCGAAUAGCUAUCAGCGUCAAAUUCUGAGUACACCCAAGAGUAAAACUCGCUCGGAGAGCUCGAAGGCUGGUGGUAGAAAGCCAUCUCAAGAGAACCAUAACAGCUCCCCUUCCAAAACUUAUGCCCAUGCAAAUUCUCCAAGCAAGCUCAGAAAGUUGGUAGAAGAACAUUCACCAAGGAAAAUUCAUUACGACCGACUAAGGAACUCUCAAGGUAGACCUGGCACUAGUACCAAGAACACGCCCAGUCACCUUCGUGCAAACCCCUUCGAUCUAGAUUCAGGCGGUGGGAAGGGCAGUCCUGCGCUAUUUGCCGACCUGUUACUCGAAUCGAAGCGAGAUACCCCACGGACGAAGGCGAGGAAGUUCUUGGUCGGAGAAGCCAGUCCAUUGAAGCCACGAUUACAUCCACCCGAGCCCUUGUACUCAGCAAGUCAAGGCUUAAGCUCAGGAUUAUCUAGUUUUCUGAAGUCCCAACCAAUCCAACCACACGAAAAACCCAACCUGGAGAGCGGAUUGGAUACCCUUAACGAUGACGAGGAUGACGAACUUCUAGGCCCAUCACCGUUCAAACCCACGUCGCACAAUGUGUUUCAACCUCUGUUUGAUGAACCAGAGGUUGAGUCAGAUGAUCAUUCACUCAGUCCAUCAAAGAUGAUCAAAUCCAAAUGGAAGAUCAACUCUGCCACCCCAUUCAUCUCUCAAUCGCAAAGUCAUCCAUCCGGUAGCGGAUCAAAUAACAAUCAAGCCCCUCAAUGCGCACAAAAGGAUUCCGGCCAAACCGGCAAGAAGAAGAACAUCAGCUUUGGAACUAAACGCAAACGCUUGAUUAUGCCCGGAGAGGAGGAUCUUAGUUUUUAUGAAGAUCUCCCAGACCCCGAAACUAAUGACCCAUCCAAAAACCGAUCAUCCUUACUAAACAAGAAAAAACGCGUCGAACGAUCUAACAAUAAAAACCAAAACAAGAAAACUGGUGAUAGUACUACAAAGACGACCAAAGCUCAAUUAUCGAUCAAGAAGCGUGAGACAAACAGUUCGAAAAAUGAAGCCAUGGCUAAUGAAUCAGAAGAAGGCUCUGAAGAAUCCGGUGAGGAGAAGGCGAUUCUUCCGAAUUUGCCGUUUGGCAAUCCGGACCAAUCUGCAGUCUACACCGAGUUAGAAACAUUCACAUUCACCACGCCCGAUGAGACGACGGGGGCCGACAAGGGAAAGAAGACAUCCACUGCAAGUGGGGCUCAGUCGGAUGGGAAAGAUAAGGGGAAGGCCAAAGCGAUCGACGGCGCUCCGGAUCCAAAGCCCAUCAAAUUGGGCACGCGCAAGGUCUUGGUCAGAGCGUAUCGGCCGAUCGAACCCAGCCAGAUGAGCCAGACUAUUGAUUCUGACUACUUGGGUGAUGAUCGACUGGCAGAUGCUGAGAGAUCGCGGAAGAGGACGAGAAGCGACCGACGACAGUUACUUCGCGAACGCCGGCGGGAGAGGAAAGUACGAAAGAUCCUGGACGGGAUGACAUUGAUGGAGAAAACGCUGACGAAUCGGGCCACGACGCCGGCGGUGGGUGGUCCCGUGGGGCCUGGUGCUGUGAGUGGGAAGGCGAAGAGUGCGGGGGGAGGCCGGGGGAAGAAGAAAACGGCAGGCCCAAGUAGACUCGAGCCGGCCCGGGUCGCAGGGAAGACGGAAGAUCAGGAGGAGGAGGACUUCCGGUUCGAGCUUGCGUUGGACGAACUUGAGAUCGACCAGCAACUCGAAGACGAGGCCGUCGAUCUCGACGACGAUUGGGACGACGAACCGGCUGGAUGGAAGAACGAGCUGCUCGAUCCUGGUGUCGAUGACGACGAUGAUGAUAUCCAUUCAGGCCUCAAUCAGUUCGUCUUGUAAUCCUGUCUCAUGGACAUGUAUACAAGCAUCCCUAAUCCUGUAGCCUCUUAUUGGUGGGAAAGACUGCAGUCCGGCCUCUAUCUACUUGGCCUCUUG